AUCCGCCAUUAAGGAAUUUUAACUCGGGGAAUUAGUAACAAGAAUAUUUUCUCUUAAAUCUACCUUGGAACUACAUUCACCUGGAUUCUUUUUGCCUAGGAAGAUAGAUUGGAUUCUUAAGUGUGAAUUUUUAUCAAACACAUUGCCCGAAGAUGGAGCACGAUCGUUGAAAAUGACGACUCUCCCCUGCGUUUUGUGAACAACUGGGCUGAGCCAAAGGCGACUUGUCACCGAUGAUAGUGACUUUGUUAAACGAUCAUUCUUAAAAGGGAAUUCAUUCAACAGCAUUCGGUUAGAUAAGUAAUCAAGACUGAUGUGAAGGGCGAAAAAAUGUCUGUUCCAUCAGAUAAGAUCAGCCUCAAGCUUAUCCUAGUGAGUGGUAAAACAAAUGAGUUCCUGUUCACCCCCAACAGUUCAGCGGCAGAGAUCACACAAUAUGUCUACGAUAACUGGCCACAAGGUUGGGCAGAUGAGCAGCUGCCCCCCACAAAUAUCCUGCGCCUCAUAUAUCAAGGAAGAUUUUUACAUGGAAACGUGACAUUGGGGGCACUUCAGUUGCCGGUGGGCAAGAUGACUGUGAUGCACUUGGUUGCUAGGGAGCAUUUACCUGAGCCCAAUAAUCAAGGACAGAUCAAGAAAGAUAAAGGAGGGGAGAGUGCAUGCAGUAACUGUUGCACAAUAUUAUGAUCUGGCACAAGAUAGAGCACCUUGACCUCUGUGUUAACCUGGAGCAAUGGAUACUUAAUCAACUUUCUAUAGGUCAAUACUUAUGUGUACAGCUUUCUCAGAUAUCAUUAAAGAUGUAAAUCGCAGUACGAAAAAUGUUCAGAGGCAGAGGUGGGAACGAGUACAAUAAUAAUGACUACCUCUUGGGGACACACUGGCCUUUUUAUCAAGAGAAAAAUGGUUUGAAUUAUAACAUGCAUUAACUUUUUAUUGGAAGUAUGCAAUAUUAUGGAAAUUCUGCCUGUGUAAAGAGUGAUACAUGUGUUCUCAUCCUCAAUUUUGUGUGCAUUAAUAAGCAAUGGAUAUACAGUAAUCAGUAAAGUCUUCACACAGCUCUGAUUCACAGAACCAUUUCAUCGAUUUGACUGUAUAAUUAUAGUGUUUUGAAUUUUGAACCUGGCAUAUAGUGGAUGUGGAACUGGAACAACAGAGAAAGAAAAAACUCAAGAGCAUGAAGGGUAUUCUCCUCGUGUAAAGGAGGAAAGUGGAGUUCCCUUAAUUGUAACAUAGCCCCAAAGGAGAGCCAGCAUAUUAUGUGUGUGUUUGUGUGUAUGUACAGUAACUUGUGCAGUUGACCUUAGUCAUAUACAAGUUCAUUCACCGAGUGGACGCACGUUGUCUGUAGUAUUCACCAUUGGUAUUGUUAUCAUAACAGCACAUUUGUUUUUAAUCUGAGAAAAUAUGUGUCUAGAGUAACAGCAAAUCUGAAGACAGCAAAACAAUUGAAGAACUAAGAAGUGAAUUUAUCUGAGAACUCACUAUUAAAAUGCAGGAAUAUAAAGAUUA